UUCCAUAUCAGUGGCAGUUACGUAAUAAAAAAAAUCUUCAUGGGCCUUCUUGACAUUCUGUGGGACGACACCCUCGCCGGACCUCAGCCGGAGACGGGCCUCAGCCGCCUCCGGAAACCGGCUCCUCUCACCUUCCGGCCAAAUUCCGGAAAGGACUAUGGCGGUGAUUUACCGGAGGAGAUGCUGAGGGUGACCAGAAGUAUUAUGAUAAAGAAGCCGGCGGGAUACUCUUCGCCGAUGACCGGAACGCCGCCGGCUUCGCCCGCCGGAAUAACUCCUCCGGUAUCCCCUUUUUCUGCAGGGUGUAAGGAUCGGAACCGUUUUAGAAGAAAUUCCUGCGAUGCAUAUGAACGGGCUGGAGGAGGGUUGGCAAAGGGUGCCUCUUCUUCUUAUGAGGUGUGAGCUUUGCUGAAAAAAAAAAAUAUUA